ACAUAUAAACUCUCGUAUUUAAAGAGCAGCUUUAGUUGUAUGCGAACGUUGUGAACAUCGUGGACUAUAAAAUUAGACAUCACUCAGAAGUUUGAUGAUUUGGUCAUUAAUAUAACAUUAUAUCGCAUCACUGCAAUAAUGAUGACACGAUAUCUACUCGUCGCAGCAUUCUGUUUCCUCUGGGGAACAACAUACUGCAUUAAAGAAAAAAGCUGUUCCAGCAAGGCUGCAGACAUAUAUUUCUUAUUAGAUUCCUCAAGUAGCAUAUGGAUUCAAGACUACAAAGAAUUACUGCAAUUUGUGAGCAAUGUGGUCGAUACUUUUGAUAUUGGCACUGGGCAAUCGCAAGUUCGAGUUGGUAUCAUCACAUUUAGUGACACCGCCCAUUUAGAUAUUCCUCUAAAUCGUUACACUGCAAUUGCUACUUUGAAGGAAGCCAUUUCUCAAAUUCCAUACCGUACUGGACUAACAAAUACAGCUGCUGCAUUAAAUCUACUUCGAAGAGAAAUUAUUGCCGAUCCAAAGGGACACGAUGGCCCAAUUGUAGCGAUUGUCAUUACAGACGGGCUGUCACGUGAUACAAAAGCUACAAAAGAAGAGGCAGAAAAGUUACAUUCUCUUGGUGUGAAUGUUUAUGCAAUUGGUGUUGGGAACCGCUAUGAAAUUGAAGAAUUAAAAUCAAUUGCUAGCGAUGCAAUCCUUGGAGUAUAUCAAGUUGUAAGUUAUUCGGCUUUGGAAGAAAUUGCCCAUAACUUUCAUAUUCAACCAUGUAAAGAUAUUCCAGACACGACACCAAUGACAAUGGCGAGUAGCACUACCACUACGGCAGCAACAACAACAAUAGCAGAAACAACCACGUCACAGCCUGCUACAACAUUAUCAACAACUACUAUUCCUACACCCAAACCUACAAUGCAAACAACACGUGAAACAUCUACACCUAAAAUUACAAGUGAACCAACUACAACGAAGCCUACAACAACCAUACAUUCUACUCGAACCUGGGUUCCACAACCAAUAUCCACAAGAAGUCCAUUUCCUGCACAACGACCAGUCUGGCAAGUGUUAUUUUGGCCUCGUCCUCAUUUUCCAAACCCCAGUGUAAUUGCAUUUGGAUUUGAUUUGUUGGGUCUCGGUCAGUAUAAAUCGCAAAUGAUCUACGAUUUUAUUGCCAACUUCUUACCAAUUUCCGGUUAUAAUCAGUUUUCUAUUGUAUCACAAGCUUAUUGUCCUCAAAAUCUGAAUGUACCUCUAAGUUCGAUGCCGAAGGACCUUAGUGGAGGACCAAGAAACUUUAGAAAAACUAAAUUAACAUUUCCUUCUUUAGAAGACACAGUGCGCAGAAUACGUUAUGAUAUGUUCAGAUUAGCUUUACAUAGUAGAUUUUUUGGUCAAAUGCCCAAACAGGUUGUCACUCUUUUUCUAGAGCCAUCAGUAACUUCAGUUUCAGAGACAUUGAUAGAAGAGAUAGAAAAACUGAAGAUGCAAGGAACAGAACUAUUCUUCAUCAGCAUUGACAGUGAUAAUGGACCAUACACAAAUUUUCUCAACACACUCGCCAGUGACCCUACAGGUCACCAUGUUUUUGAAAUACCAAAUUACGAAGAACUUGUGUCAAAAAUACAACACUCACCGUUUCACUUUCGCUCUUUAUGUAACGGUUACAUGCACCCUGAGAGUAACUAACAAAUUUGAUUAUCUAAGUAGAAACAAUUAACAAUAAUCAUUUUACCAAGAACAAUAAAAACAUUUUAAAAAUGAAAUUUAUUAGUCAUAAUCAAACUGACAACAAUUAUUACUAGAUCCCCUAAAUACUUACAUUAUGAACAACAAUGAAACAAAAUCACUGUGGCUAUCAUCAUUAUGAAGGAUAGUAAAAGCAGUGACUGCAAGGAAUUUGACUUAACACAGACGAUUGUGAAGCAAUGAUCGUAGCAGCAAAAGCAAAAACAAUAAAACCAAUAAAACAGUAGCUUAAACAAUCGACAUUUUGAAAAGCAGUCUCUUUCCACUUUCCAGCUUACGCCUUUCCUACUUUUCUGUUUUCUUUUUACAUCAUUUUAUCUCUAUAUUUUCUGAGGAAGCCUGCCUUAUACCUCGCUAUAUUUCAUCUCCUUAGCUCUCUCUUUCCCUCAUCUCUCUCUCACUCCCUAUCUCUCACAUUCUGUCUCUCUCUUCCCUCUCUCUCACUCUCUAUCUCACUCUCCCUAUCUCUCUUUCUCAGUUUAUUUGUAAAAAGAAAUUCCAUUUACAUUCAUUUUCAAUUAAGCUUCUUAUUGUUUAAAGCUUUAAAGAAAAUAUGAAUAAAAUAUACUUUGCACUAUUA